AAAACAGAGCACAAGUAUUAUUAUAGCAUUCUUCCAUAUGUGGCACAUAUUAUAUACAGCUUCACUAGACAGAGUUCUCUUAUUUCUGAAGGGUAAAAACUCCAUCGUCUUAAACCUCUCAGCAGCUAAAACAAAGCAGGACAAAACAAAACAAAACAAAAAACCCUACAACUGUACUCACCUGAGGAAAUGCAUCAGAAUUUCAAGCUCUUGAGCACUGGUGGCCAAGUGACAAUAUGUUUAUUACUGGAAAAAUACUCAAAGCCAAAAUCCUUUUGUGGCAGGGUAGUACUGUCAUUCUUUACAUUAAAAUUACCUAUAGUCUAUAAGAUAGAACCAAUGUUUUUUGUUUGAUACACAACACUGCCAAUCAACACAGGUACUAAAAAUUACAGUGAAUCAAGUGAAUGUUGCUUUGAAUAAAUCUAUACAAUCAGUAUGAGUCUGGAUGUGGAUUCAUGUGUUUAGUCCAUUUAAAAAAUAUUAAGGAAAACGGCCUUUUAUAAUAUGUUUGAGAAGACUUCUUUAUUUAAAUAUUUAUUUAUUUUUAAAAGACUAGUCAAGUGGAAGUGGGGAAAGAGUGCACAAAGGGAAACCAACUGUGAAUAACCAAUUGAGACAAUUCACUACCUUGGGACCAGCCAAAGCUUGCUUUUUAAAGUAACCUUGAAAUACAUACCAUAUUCCAUAUUAUACAAAGUUUUACAUAUUGCUCUUAGUUUUGAAAUAGAAAAAAUCUUUUUGAAGAGAGUAAGAAUCAUAAAACUAGAAGGUCUAAAAAUUGUAAUACUUUCUCUUCAUAAAACAUAUAUCUUUAUUUACAUUAAUAUAUUAUUUAGGAGGUUCACGCCUUUAACAUAACCCCAUUAGAUAAUCUAUAACUGUAAAGAGUUCAUGUAUAUUUCUCAUUUUCUGCACAUAUGUAUUAAUGUAAAACAUCUGCCCUGCCAUAUUCUUUUUUAGUCAACAAUUAUCUUGAGCAUUUUAUUAGUUUGUGAUUCACCUUCUAAUACAUAUGUUGCUUAAGAGUAAAAAGCCCCUCCAUAACUUUAAAACAUCUUUUUUUUAACCUGAAAUAGGCUUAAAUUCUCACGUUGUCAGAUGAGUCUUAACACUUUAGUAUUUGCUAAAUUUAGCCUACUAAGAUUUUUUUAAAGGAGCAUAAGGGCCCUAAAUUGGAAAAACAAAAAAAAACUCUCCUACGAUCAUAAUUGUGGGAUUUCAUUUCCAGUUCAUUCUGUUGGAAUCAAUCUGAAUUCCAUGUAAUGUAAACAGUUCAAAAAGUCUUAAAAAUGAAUUGUUGACUUUAAACAAUCUUCGGAGCCGCUCACAAUGUCCGUAGAAGCAGACUCCACCCCGCUCCUGGGGAAAACCCUGCCUAAUAUUUAUAACGUUAUGACAUACUGUAAUACUCACAAGGUGGUUGUAGAAGUAUAAACACGACUGGAGUUAUCUGAUUGGCUGCUGGUGAUGUAACACCCAUGUCAAUACUUCCCAGUGAACGCACGUGUUCGACCUUUUAUUUAAAUUUCCAUUUCAUCACAGCAAUAAGACACUCGGGGCGGUGCAUUUUCUGUGAAAUGAUUAUUGCCCUGGGCCCGAGGUGCUGCCUCGCACAAUGCAUCAGAGGAGGUUGUGUCCGUGGUCGUAACCUCCUCGCGUGAAAGGCACCGCCUGGUCCAGUCUUUGUGAAGGAACAAAAUAAGUUCACUUCCUUGGGCACCGCCACCCACCCUCAGCAAAUGACAAGGCUGGAGCGCAGCUCCCACCGCACAGUUAUUUGCAAAGUCCCAGGUGAACUCGUGGCGAGAGAAGGAAAAUGCGCGUCCCGGGCGCGGGAGUCAGAAAUACCAUCAGAAGAGGGGUACUGUGACUUUAAUAGUAGGCCAAAUGAGAACUCUUAUUGCUAUCAACUUCUGCGACAACUAAAUGAACAGAGAAAGAAAGGUAUUCUUUGUGAUGUCAGCAUUGUGGUAAGCGGAAAAAUCUUCAAAGCUCAUAAGAACAUCCUGGUUGCAGGCAGCCGUUUCUUUAAGACUUUAUAUUGCUUUUCAAACAAAGAAAGCCCUAACCAAAACAAUACUACCCACUUAGAUAUUGCUGCAGUUCAAGGUUUUUCAGUCAUCUUGGACUUCUUGUAUUCUGGUAACCUGGUGCUCACAAGCCAAAAUGCCAUUGAAGUUAUGACAGUGGCCAGCUAUCUUCAGAUGAGUGAAGUUGUUCAAACUUGCCGAAAUUUCAUUAAAGAUGCCUUAAAUAUAAGCAUUAAAUCAGAAGCUCCAGAGUCUGUAGUUGUGGACUAUAAUAAUAGAAAACCAGUUAAUAGAGAUGGUCUGUCUUCAUCACGGGAUCAAAAAAUUGCCAGUUUUUGGGCAACACGGAAUCUUACCAAUUUGGCAAGCAGUGUAAAGGUUGAAAAUGAUGGUUGUAAUGUCGACGAGGGCCAAAUAGAAAACUACCAAAUGAAUGACAGUAGUUGGGUCCAGGAUGGAUCUCCUGAAAUGGCUGAAAAUGAAUCUGAAGGUCAAACAAAAGUGUUUAUUUGGAAUAAUAUGGGCUCCCAGGGAAUUCAAGAGACUGGCAAAACAAGGAGGAAAAACCAAACUACAAAAAGAUUUAUUUAUAAUAUUCCACCUAAUAAUGAAACGAAUUUAGAAGAUUGCUCAGUGAUGCAGCCACCUGUUGCCUAUCCAGAAGAAAAUACACUACUCAUCAAGGAAGAACCAGAUUUAGAUGGUGCUCUACUCUCGGGGCCAGAUGGUGAUAGGAAUGUGAAUGCAAAUUUAUUGGCUGAAGCUGGCACUAGUCAAGAUGGAGGUGAUGCUGGUACUUCACAUGAUUUCAAGUAUGGUUUGAUGCCUGGUCCUUCAAAUGAUUUCAAGUAUGGAUUGAUACCAGGUACUUCAAAUGAUUUCAAGUAUGGAUUGAUACCAGGUGCUUCAAAUGAUUUCAAGUAUGGAUUAUUGCCAGAAUCUUGGCCAAAACAAGAAACUUGGGAAAAUGGUGAAUCAUCUCUAAUCAUGAACAAGUUAAAAUGCCCUCAUUGUAGCUAUGUAGCCAAAUACAGACGAACACUAAAAAGGCACUUGCUCAUUCACACAGGAGUGAGAUCAUUUAGCUGUGAUAUUUGUGGAAAACUGUUUACUCGAAGAGAACAUGUAAAAAGACAUUCCCUGGUGCAUAAAAAGGAUAAAAAAUACAAAUGUAUGGUGUGUAAGAAGAUCUUCAUGUUAGCAGCCAGUGUUGGAAUAAGACAUGGAUCUCGACGUUAUGGUGUUUGUGUAGACUGUGCAGAUAAAUCACAACCAGGAGGGCAAGAAGGUGUAGAUCAGGGACAGGAUACAGAAUUCCCUCGGGAUGAAGAAUACGAGGAGAAUGAAGUAGGAGAAGCUGAUGAAGAGCUAGUUGAUGAUGGAGAAGAUCAGAAUGAUCCCUCUCGAUGGGAUGAAUCAGGAGAAGUUUGUAUGUCUCUAGAUGAUUAACUGACCUACUAUACUCCUCAAGGAUGCUGCAUUUGGACCUAAUAUGAAUCGACAAUUUGGAUUGUUGAACUUGAAGGCUUGCAAAAUAUGGUACAUGCUGGAUAGUAGUUAUGUUGCUGUGAAAACUGUAGGGUCAAAGCCUUAUAGCAAAAAAAAUUUUUUUUUAUAUUUGCACAGGACUAUACAGCAAACAACCAUGUGGUUGGAUUACAUGGAGUCCCCACAUAUUCAGUCAGUUAUCAAAGUAAAAUAUUUUCUAUUUAUAGGAUAUACAGUAACUAUUUGGGUCCUAUGAAAAUAGUCCUUAAAGAGCUUACAUUCAUGUGCUACUUUAACAUGAAUGGAGAAAAUCCAUUUAUGGAAGUACAGUGACAAUUGACCCAAUCACUCUGUCCAUCAAACCACUCAGGCUAGUUUGUACUAGUAGAGUUUUGUUUCUAUUUUUAUUUUUAUUAAUUUUAUUUUUUUUAAUACAGAUUUUCAGUGAGGGGCUUUUUCAACCCCAUUGGUUCUAUUUUCUUGUAUUUUUCCAUUUAAUUUGCUUCAUAACUUAAACCAAGUCUCUUCUAGUCUUAGGUAUUAUUUCUCAAUUUUGUGCUGAUGGGCAUGUUUAUAAGAACUGGAGAGGUAAUUUAUUGGAAUGAACUAACUGACUUCCUCCAUUCCCCCCUUCCUUUUUGACAUGAAUUUUACUACUUCACAAAUGAAGAAUGAUGUUAUGAAGUUACCGUGGCGAAGUUGACAAAUACCACUAAAAUGAUUAUGAUUUAGAAGUAACUUUCUUCUGCUGCUCUAAUCUGAUAAAUGGUUACUAUAUGAUGUUUUCUGACAUGGUAUUCGGUUUUGGGUAUCUGUUACUUUGGCACUAUUCUUGUUUGCCUCUUUAUUUUUGCCAGUGUACUAUACCUCAGUCCUAUUUGAAAGACCUAAUUGAAAGAAAAAUCAUAGAAAUAAGUAAAAUGAUUUGUUUUAUAAUUUAUCCACCAUGUCCAGUUUGGUUAGCUUGUUAUGCAAUAUAAGUGAAAUAUCAGGUUUUUACCCAUGUCCCUUUUAUCAUUAAAAUUAACACAAAAUGUGCAUUCUCUUUCGUUUCAUACUUAGCGGGAUAUUGAUUGUUUUGAAAUUAUGAUCAAUACUUAAUUUAUUUUUUUCUGUUCCUUGAAGUCACUACACCUUGAUACAGCCCUUCUAGUAGUCACCAUGAUUCAACAGUCUCAAAAAUCUUACAAAUAAAAUUCUGAGAAGCUUUAUUAUUCUAUAAACUAAAUUCUUCAGGGUACAAAGGGUGACAUAUUGAGGUGAAAUUGUCAGAUUUACUUAGCCUGGUGACAUGAAUUAGCUGAUUGUGGAACUCUCAGCAGCAUUUCACGUAUUGUUAACAUGUAUGGCAUUUAUUAGCAUAUUGUAUAUUAUAUAAGAUUGAGGGAUGUCAUAUUUUCAGCUUUCUUUUAAAUAAAAAUUGAGUAUAUUUUCCUAUUUUAUAUCAGGUAACUAAAUUAUGCUAGUUAUGUGGAAAAAAUUGCAAAGAUGCUUUGACAGAUAUAAUCCCUUUGGUGCUCCAUCUGAUCAAAGUUGGAAAGUUGAUGUUUUUUAAGAGACAAGCUUUAUCAUUGUCUCUGAUUUCAGUAGAAUAAUGGUUUAUUGUUAGACAAUGAUGUUUCUGCUUGGAUAAAUCAAAGAUAAAUUACAGUUACAUGGUUAGAUGCAUCUUUUGUCAUCUAUAUUGUAGUUUCUACAUAACUGUAAACCUGACAGAUAAGAAUAGUUUCAGUUUGAUUUUUGUUUAAAACAGAUGAGUACAUCUUAAUGUUCUAGACAAAUGAGUAACAUGUAUUUCUGGUAGAAAUUAGUUGGGCAAAGAUACUAUGAAUGAAAAAGUAUUUUAAACGUAAAAUGUUCUUUGUGAAUAUGUAAGUAUAGUAUAAAGAUUUCUUUCAUCCCAUUUAUUCCCUUCCUUUAAAUAAACUAGUUUACAAUUGGUAGAUCUGUCUAUAUAUAAAUAUAUAUUAAAGAACAAAGAUAUAUAUCUAAAAAUCACCUAAAUCUGCUUUAUUAGACUACAGUUCACUUAUUGCAUAGAAACUGGACUUUGGCUUUACAUUCUUAAUGUACUUUUACUUUUCCUCAAGAUAUGAACUUACUCUCUUGAAGCUGAAUUUUCUUUUACUACUUAAAUCAUUUAUGUAUAUCUGGUAAAUUAUGACCAAAUUUUUGUUAGAUUGCAUACAGUAAAUUGAAAUACACACUUGGUACACUACGGGAUUGUUGUGCUUUUGUUUGGUUUUAGUUGGAAAUAAGGUUUGAUGUAGAUGGCUUGUUACUGUUAAUUUAAAAUAUUCUAUAAUUGUCCAUUUUAUGUUGUGUUGUGACAGAUUUGGCUAUAUUUUUAGUCAAUUGAAAUAUGAUACUUUAAAAGUUUGUUUUUAGGUAAUCCAAAGGAAAAGUGUUUAUACUCUUGAAUAUAUUAGCCUCAGCCUAUAUAAAAAUUUCUUUGAAGUAAACAUUUUACCAGAAACAGAAUUGACAGAUUUUUCUACUUGCUGACUGCCUAACUUAUUUUGUUUCAUGAUCUCGAGGGACUGCCUUUUCCCAUCUAGAUCUUUUUAAAAAAUAGUUUUAGUACUAAGGUAUACUACUGGACAUUUCUAUUUUUUUAAGUGUAUUCUUUUUCUGACUUACAGUAAAAUUUCAGGAAGUUGAUAGAUACUAAGAACUUAUGAUUGGUCUCAGAGGUAACAAUGAAAUACUCAUAAUUUUGUCUGUGGAACUCUGGCAGAAUUAUGUUACACAUUUGGCGAAGUUGUCUCUUGUAAUUUAUAUUUUAAAUGAAAAAGUAUUUUAGAGCUUUUAAUUUUAAUGAAGGGGAAGAGUAUAAACUUUCUUUCAUAUUCACUCUGUAGUUACAGACAGUCUCAUAAAUCAAGAUUGUGCAUUAUUUCUUAGAGUUCUCAGAGACAGAUACUUCCAUAUGGACCCCUGUUCAUCUUUCUUAUUUACUAGAUAUUUUGCUAAAUUUAGCACAUUAGCAAUUAAGAGUUUAAAAAAGAAGAAACAUUAUAGGAAAGGGAAACUGAACAGUAAUGAGUAGCUUUGAAAUUGAGGAAAACACACUAGCUGGGUUAGGUAACAGCCAUCCUAAUGGAGAAGAGUGAGCUAAAUGAGUUAAUUCAUGUAAAGUGCUUAGAACACUGGUACAUAAUAGGUGCAUAACACAUCUUAAAGUUGUUUAAUAAUAGAUAACCAAGAGGAAAAAGAAAUGAGAAAAGACAGGGGAAAGGAAGGAGAAAAUAGGAAAUGAAAGGAUUAGGACUUCGUCAUUUAUAUUAAUACAAAAUGGUGUAAAGGGCCUGAAUAUGACUGGAGGAGUAUCAUAUGGGGGAAAGUGUGAUGGAAAAUAGGUUCUUAAAAAUCUUAAAUUUUAAAACUUUAGUAAGCUUUAUUUAUAUUUUUUAGGAUUUUCUGAACAUAGCAUGAAGGGUUUAGAUUCAUUUUUCUGAAAAACGAUUCAAAAAACUACCAAUUUUUUUUUGAGUGCCCACACUUGCCAUUGUGCUGUAUACCUGAUUUUACCUUAAUCCUCUAUAAGGUAGGUGCUAAUUGUCUCCAUUUUAUAGAUGAGGAAAGGCUCAGAGAAAUUCAGAAACUUGGCUAAUUUAACACAGCUGUGAUAGAGCUGGGGGCUUUGAGCACGUCUGAUUCUGAAGCCCAUACUCUUUCAAGGAGGCUCUAUUGCUGCCUCACUGAACAACUCUUGUAGAAUUUCAGCUCUUAAUGGAGUCUAUGGAUUUAUAUUUUUCCUAUAAGACAGCUGUGUUUAGAAUUUUGAGUGUCUUUCCUCCCCCCAACAAAUUUCCUUACUACUCUUUCCUCAUAAAGCAGUUGUUUUGUCACUUUGACUAUAUUAAGACACAUCAGUGUAGCACAUGCUCUUAACCGGCUGUGGCAUUUUAAUUUUAUAAAAGAAUGGUUUUUAUCUGAAGAACUAGAUAGAAACCCCAGUUUUUGUGCCGUUCAGUCACCCAGAUCCUUAAACUUAACGAUGGUACAUAAUAUCCACACUUAGAACUAACAGGUGUUUAGUCACUUUAGGACUUAAAAUGGAAAGUUUUUUUUUUUUCCUGCUGUAUCCCUGCUUUCAACUGAAGUUAAAGAAUUCUAGAUAGUUUAAAAUGUGUUAGGGAUAAGCACACUUCAAAAGAUGUUUUCUAGCCCUAAAUUUGAUGACAUUGGGUACUUAAAUUUGGAGUACACUAGCUAUUGAGAACAAUAUUUUGGGUUGAGGAGAGUGAUGGUUGAGGCCAUUAUUUAGUGGGAGCAUUGGCAUUUUGAACACUGUAAACAUAAAAGAACACUUCUGCCUGCUGUUUGUAAAAGCUCUUUGGGAAGAUCUUUUACGAAGACCAACUUUUUAAAAUGUAAAUUACCUACCUAAUAUAAGUGUCCUAAGACAUGUAUGUAAACUUCCGAAACUGUUUUGUCUGUGUAUUUAGAAAAUACACAAGAGUCUUUAUUCAAACCUAAAAAUAUAAACUUGUGAGCACUAAACUGCUUCUGGCUUUGUGAAUUUUAUUGACUGACAUUUAAUUCAGAUUUCUUUGCAAGUGUACUAAUUUAGACUAAUUGGGGUAAGGGAAACACCUUAAUGAACUUGACAUGUAUAUUUCAGAUAUCUUUGUACUUCAGGCUUACAAGUUUGAAUUAUAGAAUACUAUAAGGGUUUUUUGUUUAUUUGUAUGUUUUUAUAUGAAAGUACAUAAAUGACAAACUACCUCCAAGUAAUGCUGCUUUAAUUAGUAGCAGUGAUUUGUAAUCAGUGUAUCUUUUAAGAUUCUCUACAGGUUUUAGAAAACAUUAAAAAUUCCUUUUUAAUUUACAUUUGUGCAUAAUCUUGGAAAUGGGUUGAAAAGCAAAGGUAAACUGCUUCAUCCCGUGUUGUAUAUUUGUGGACUGAUUGACUACAAGUGAUGUGAUGUUAUAAAUUUCAAGUCUUUGAAAUUUUAUUAAUGUAGAGAAAACAUAACUAGCUUUUUAGGUUAUUUCAAAGUUAGUAAUAGAGCAAAGGAAAUCAGAACUGAUUAGAUUAUUCAGACUUUUCUUAGAAAAAUAGUUCGUUGAUUUUGUUUGGAGAAGGGCACAAUACAGGGAAGCCUACAUAGCAUUAUAAUGCCUAGUAUCUUUAAACAUGUAAAGAGCUAUCAUGAGGCAGAAUAAUUAAGAUACUUUAUGUGUUUCUAAGGGGUCAUGAUUGGGACCAUUGGCUCAAGAUUGAAAAUUGGUUUUUAAUUAUCCAAAGAUGAAAUGGGGCUGCUUCAGAAAAAGGUCUGCCACUAGAGAUAACUGCGUAAAGUCAAAGAGAUUACUUAGUCAUUUUGGCUAAGGCAGUAUUGACCAAACAUUUCUAUUUCAGAGUUGGAUUUGUGCUUAGUUUUUUUUAGGUGUUGGGACCGUUGUAGUUACUUUUUGUUUUGCUUAGUCAACAAAUAACUAAAGUGAUAAAAUUUUGUAUGUGUGAGUACUGGACGAAGGAUGUUUUGACAAUAAAAAUGACAUAAUUUAGGAAAUUAAGAAUUUAGACACCAACUUCAGCUUAAUAGAAAAAAUCACUACUUGAACUUCUUUCUUUUUCACCACAAAUCACCACAGACCAGUGUUUGGGAGCAGGUAUAGGAAAUUGAAUUUUGGAUCUAUGUUUAGGUAAGAAAACUAAAGGUUCUUCAGAAUUUAGGCUAUGACAUGACUGUCUUUCUGAAGUUUAAAGAAAGAAAUUGAACUAUAGGAAAUCUAUUCCGCUAAUUAAAGUGAAUGAAAAACUGCAUGGCGCCUUACCUGCUAUUAAUACUGCCACUUUACUGUCAGCCAGAUUAUUUUUUUCCCACCACGGCCAGUCUUAAAUUUGGCAAUAAGAAAAAACUAAUCUUCCAAGUGUAAUUAGGUAUGCGUUAGAAACUUAGUGAAAGCUAAACACAAGACAGUCUUCUUGGCACAGGUCCUAACAGUUGGUGAGAUAAUACAUAAGAUGGUUUCAAGAUUAUUGUAGAAUUACUUAGAUUGAAAAGAGACUACCCAAUGAAGCAUACCCAGAGAGAUUGCCACAGUGACUCCAGUCAGUUUUAGGACCCAGGACUCCUGAACUUCCAUUUCUGUAUUAUUUUUCCUGUACCAAACUCAUUCAAUAAAUGUUUGAGAUUAGGGAUAAGUUUGAAGUUAGAAGAUUCCAAAGUACACUCAAAUAGUAUUUGGCACAUAGCUUGUUGCUCAAAAGUAUUUACUAAGUGAAUGACUAAAGGCACUAGCAACUUUAAGGAUUUCGCCUGUUAGUAUCAUAUGGCAUGUAGCUAUCAAGCCAGUUUGGUUUAGUUAUUUUGUGUUGCCAAGCAUAUGAUACAUGGUGUCACACUGAGCCUUUGGGAUCCUUUGCCUGGAUACAUAACCCUAGUAGAUAAUGUUACUGCAAGAUGUAAUGACCAAAUCCAACCUACUGCAGAUGUUAGUAUGGAGAUCUCAAUGCAAAAGUAGCCUUUGUAAUUUUUUUUAAACCAUCUCCGUAACAACAUUUAGUGAGAAUUAUUAGCCAUUUGCUGCAAAAUAUUUGUUUAAAAAUGUCUGACAUAUACACCACUAAUAUUUAAAUGCCCAGCAUUCCGUCUAUAUGUGAAAAAACUAGAAGAAAAGCCCUGUUGGAGUUUUGAUGUAGCGUGCAAUAAUACAUCAAUAAAAAUAUUUUAAAAUGA